GACACAGUAAAGCACAACCGACAAGGUUCCAUUUAGAUUUGGUUAUCUUUGAAACUAAGCUUUCUUACUUACUCACUUACUUACUCCAAACAAAUCUAAUCUCAAUAAUUCAUCAUCACUUCCAAACCUCACUCUCUGAUUCAGUGACUCUGAUCUCUCUCUCUCUCUCUCUCUCUCUCUCUCUGUGAAAGGACUAAGAUGGGUUCAGUUUCUCUGAAAAUAGGAGAUGGAACAGCCAGAUUCCAAAGAGCAACACUGUGUUCUUCAGCUGUUAACAUUCUCAUGAUAUUCUCUGUCAUCACCACCAACCUCUUUGCUCUCUAUGCCUUCACCGCUUCCCCAAAUCAACCCCAACACUCUCUCCUUCACCACAACAAUGCCCACAAAAACAUCUCUCUCAUCUCUGAACAAGUCUCACUCAUCCUCAGAGAGAUCGAUUUAUCCCAAAAGAAACUUGCCCAGAUGGAGAAAGAGCUUCUUGGAUACGAAAGCAUUGAUCUUUCGAGACCCAACAUUGCAUCCGAGCUCAAACUCUUCCUCCAGAGGCACCAGCUCCCUCUGGGGAAAGACUCAAGAACUGGGAUCACUGAGAUGGUCCCAUCUGUUGGCCACACGUGUGAGAAAAAUUCAGACUUUCUGUCUCAGUUCAUGAAUUACAAGGUUUUUGGAGCUUGCCCUGAUGAUUGGAGUGUGGCACAGAAGCUGAUCUUAAAAGGGUGUGAGCCUCUGCCUAGGAGGAGGUGUUUUGCAAAGACUGUUUCCAAGGCAGGUUGGUACCCUUUUCCAGAUUCUCUUUGGAAGCCUGUUGGUAACAAGACUGUUAACUGGAGUGGUCUUAAUUGUAAGAAUUUUGAGUGUUUGAAUGGUAAGAAGUUGAGUAGGGAGUGCAUUGGUUGCUUUGAUUUGGUUCAUGGCAAUGAGAAUGUUAGGUUUGUUAAGGCUAAGAGUAAGAAUGAUUUUCUGGUCGACGAUGUUAUGGCCUUGGGAGGUGGAGGGGUUAGAGUAGGGCUUGACAUUGGUGGAGGGUCGGGAUCCUUUGCCGCCAGAAUGGCGGAUAGGAAUGUUACCGUGGUUACUAGCACUCUCAAUGUCGAUGCCCCAUUCAGUGAGUUCAUUGCUGCAAGAGGGCUUUUUCCUCUUUACUUGAGCUUGGACCAUAGGUUCCCUUUCUAUGACAAUGUGUUUGACUUGGUUCACGCUUCCAGUGGCUUGGAUGUUGGAGGGAAGAGUGAGAAGUUGGAGUUUUUGAUGUUUGAUAUUGACAGAGUUUUGAGGGCUGGUGGUUUGUUCUGGCUGGACAACUUCUUCUGUGCCAAUGAAGAGAAGAAGCAAACUUUGACUCGGUUGAUUGAAAGGUUUGGGUAUAAAAAGUUGAAAUGGGUUGUGGGAGAGAAGGUUGAUAGUGUUGGCUCAGGCAAACCUGAGGUUGUGUUAUCUGCUGUCCUUCAGAAACCUGUUAGAGCUUAGGGGCUUAUACAAUAAAACAACAAGAAUGAAGAAUAAUCUUGAGAUUUUGCUAUAUCUCUUUCGCACAUAAUUUUGUGUGAAUGAAUUGCUUCCAGCAUCAUCAUCAAAUCCGAUUGGACCUGGAAUAAGUACAAGAAUUGUUUCCUUACCAAUUGUAAACCAAAUUUUUGAGGUGACAUAUAUUCUGUAUUUCAUGCUCUGUUUUAUUAUAUCCCAUUCUGAAUUUCUGUAUUAGCUUUUUUUUUUUUUUUUUUUUUGUAUUGAUAAGUUAUUAGAAAGAUGAAAAAUGGAUUAUAUUUUUGAAACUUAUAAAGUCAAUUUUAGUCUUUAUAUUGUAAGGCUAUAAUUUUACUUUCUUGAAUAUGAUGAAUCCAAUCAUAUGUUUCAA